GACCUGGUUAAAGGGGUGGGGCUUCUGGAGAGGCGUGUGCGAGUUGGGGGACUUUCAGAGCUGGACAGGACCAGAGGUGGAAGGGGCGGGACGUUUGGUGGUGCGAGGGGCUAGACGGGGUCGCAGGGACUGCGGGACUCUCGGAGGCCCAAGUAAAGGGCGUGGCCUUGGCCGAAUGAAGAGGUGGGGCAGGGAGUGGCAAAAGCUGGAGUCCGCCCGCAGUGCCCAUUGCUCCCCCUGGCGGCGAUUCCUGCUCCUUUUCCACCUGGGAGAGUCGUGUACCUGAGUAUAGGUGUGUACGAGUUUGUGGGUCCGAGGUUGCCAUGUUGGUCCGGGGGCAGAAGGUGUUUCCGUACGAAAGUGGCUGAACCGCAGCGGGGGCACCGCCCUAGCUGUCUGUCCGCGGACCUUCAGAGCUUGCGUGUGUCGGAGUGAGUCCUUUGGGGAUAGCUCGGGCUGUGAGGGUCGCUUCAAUCUGCCUGUGCUCAAGCAGUCGUUUCUACUUCGGCUCCUCCCCAAUUCCCUCCCCCUACUCCUGAUUCCCAGCCUAGUGCGCGCGGGGAGCCCACCCCCUCUUUGGAGCUUGAGGCCCCGCCCCCCCGCCCCCUUUCCUCUGCCACAAAGUUUAUUUGCAACAAAAGGGAGCGAGGAUCGAGCAGACAGGAGGGAGGGAAGAGGAGCUGGAGCGGGAGCGCGAGGGGCGGGAGGCAGGCACCCGGCUGGCGGGCACAGAGUUGAGGAAGGGAUCCGGACUGGGCCGGGCCAGGCCUCGCGCAAUGCUCCGGGCUGCACCGGCCGGGGUUGGGGCCAGGCCUGGGGGUUGGCACUGAGGCGGGAGGGGCCGCGCGGGAUGGAGCCGAAGCCGCCCGAGGCCACAGAAACUUGAGCCGUAGCAGAUAAAGCUCUGCUCCCGUCUCUUGCGUCCUCUUCCCGAAAACUCCCGCGACUGCGGCUGCAGGACUCAGGCCUUCGGAUCCCGGCGGCUGCGCUUCUUCGGGGCGGGGACGCAGGGGGGGGUUGGCCGCGGUUCCCGAGGCCAGCCCCCCCGGAGUGAGUGCCGCCACCAUGGCGGACGGGGCGCCCCGGCCCCCGCUGUAUCGCAGCAUCUCGUUCAAGCUGCUGGAGCGAUGGAGCGGCGGACCCGGGCCGAGAGAAGGGUCCACGGACACCCCCGGGCUGCGGCGCCGCGCCUCGUGCCGGCCGGCCGCAGCCGUUCCGGGCCAGCCCUCCCGGCGCGUGUCCAAGCUGGCGUCGGGGCCCCCGGCCGCCCCCGCGCAGCCGCGCCCGCUCCGCAGUCUCUCGCCGUCGGUGCGCCAGCUCUCCCGGCGCUUCGACGCGCAGCGGCCAGACGAUUCCGCAGGGGCCCGGGACGGGUGCGUCUCCCCCGGAGCCGCCGAAGAAAAGACAGAGGGCGCAGCGCGCGGGGCCUGGCCCAGCGUCACCGAGAUGCGCAAGCUCUUCGGUGGCCCUGGCUCCAGGCGGCCCAGUGCCGACUCUGAGGCCUCGGGGACUCCCAGCCCCGACAGUGCGGCGUGGGAACCCCCGGCUCGGGAGCCCCGACAGCCACCGACGCCACCUCCUCGGACGUGCUUCCCUCUGGCUGGCCUUCGUUCGGCGCGGCCACUGCCUGGCCCAGGAAUCGAGGGGAGGAGGCGGCGGCAGCAGCAGCAGGAGCGGGCGCAGCGUCCGGCGGAUGGUUUACAUUCUUGGCAUAGCUUCUCCCAACCGCAGGCCGGGGCCGGGGCCUCCUGCUCCUCCUCCUCCUCCAUCGCCUCCUACCCUCUCAGCCACAGCCGGGCUGCCAGCUCCAGCGAGGAGGAAGAGGAGGGCCCGCCACCUCUGCCGCCUGGGGCGCAGAGUCCGGCCUACCACGGAGGCCUCUCCUCAGGCAGCGAAGAGGACCAAGAUGGUGAGGGCGGCCACUGCUGGAGAGGGAGGCCGGGGCCCAAGUCUGGAAGCUCUCUCUUGGAUAAGGACUGCAGGCCAGACAGUUAUGGGUUAAAUCUGAGCAGCAUGGACCCGGCAGGAGGAGCCAGGAGCCCGGAACCCCCAACAUCUCCAAGAGCCCCUAGUGAGGAAGGGCCCCGGGAGUGGAGUACUGGCUCACCUCCCUGUAUACCAGGUUCCCAGGAGGGACCUAGGCCCUUGUCAGACACUGUGGGAGGAGCUUUUCGAGUGGCCAAGGUGAGCUUUCCUGCAUACCUGGCCAGCCCAUCAGGCUCCUGUGGUAGCAGCCGUUACUCCAGCACAGAGACCCUCAAAGAUGAGGACCUGUGGGCUAGCCGGGGUUCUGGGAGUUGGGGUGUGUAUCGUUCCCCUAGCUUUGGAGCUGGAGAAGGGCUCCUCCUGAGGCCCCAGGCUCGAAACCGCACCAAGGGACCUGUGGGCACCACGAGGGCAUUGAGGGAUGGAGGAUUGGAGUUGGACAAGAGCCGGCAGCGCAAGUCCCUGUCAAACCCAGACAUUGCCUCAGAGACCCUGACCUUGCUCAGUUUCCUGCGCUCAGACCUUUCAGAGCUGAGAGUCCGGAAGCCUGGUGGGCGCCCCGGGGACCUUGGGAGUGGCCCCUUAGAUGGCAGAGACUCACCAUCAGCAGGUGGCCUGGUGGGGCAACUUGGGUCCACACCCCCCUCAGCCCCCGCAGCACCUGGCACUCGCCCCACACUCAAGGACUUGACAGCCACCCUUCGGAGGACAAAGUCGUUCACCUGCUCUGAGAAGCCCGUGGCCCACCGCCGCGCACCCCGCACCAGUGCCCUGAAGCCCAGCUCCUCCGAGCUCCUGCUGGCAGGCCCAGGCACCGAGGAGGACCCUCUGCCCCUCGUGGUUCAGGAUCAGUACGUGCAAGAGGCCCGUCAGGUUUUCGAGAAGAUCCAGCGUAUGGGUGCCCAGCAGGACGAUGGAAGCGAUACUCCCCCUGGAAGCACCGAGUGGACAGGGGACGUGACCCAAGGGCAGCGGUCCCAGGAGGAGCUCUCUGGCCCUGAAUCCAGCCUGACAGAUGAGGGCAUUGGGACGGACCCUGAGCCUUCUGUUUCAGCCUUCUGCAGCCUGGGCACCACAGGAGUGUGGAGACCCCUUAACUCGUCUUCAACCCAGACCAGCCAGCUCUCUGGGGCUGAAGACAGUCUUGGGGGGUGGUCCCUGGUGUCCCCUGAUGCCCCUCCCACACCAGGUGCCCUCCGCAGGAGACGCAAAAUCCCACCUUCAGGCCCUGGUGGGACUGAGCUGAGCAAUGGCGAGGCAGGUGAGGCCUACCGGUCUCUAAGUGACCCCAUUCCACAGCGCCACCGGGCUGCCACCUCUGAGGAACCCUCGGGGUUCUCCGUGGAUAGCAACCUCCUGGGCUCACUGAGCCCCAAAACCGGGCUUCCAGCGGCUCCAGCUGUGGAUGAGGGCUUGACCAGCGGCCACAGUGACUGGUCUGUGGGCAGUGGAGAAAGCAAGGGGUACCAGGAGGUCAUUCAGAGCAUCGUUCAGGGGCCUGGUGCCUUGGGACGUGUAGUGGACGACAGGGCUGCUGGCAAAGCUCCCAAGAAGAAAUCUCUGAGUGACCCCAGCCGCCGUGGGGAGCUAGCAGGGCCUGGAUUUGAGGGCCCCGGAGGUGAGCCCAUCCGAGAGGUCGAGCCCCUGCUGCCUCCGUCCAGCAGCGAGCCCAUCCUUGCAGAGCGACAGGUAGAACCAGAAGAGCCCAGUCCUGCCAGUGGCCGGGCACAGUCUGAGAGGGUCCUGCCUGAAGCCCCGCCCGCCUCCCCCACCGCCCACCCGGACUUCCACCUCGACCCUAAACUGGCUGACGUCCUGUCCCCUCGGCUCAUCCGCCGCGGUUCCAAGAAGCGCCCAGCCCGGAGCAGUCAUCAGGAGCUACAGAGACAGGAGGACAGUCAGGACCAGCCUGGCGGCCUGCCUCAGACCCGACACUCCUCCAAACACGUUCGCCACUCCAGCGUGCCUGCCACCUUCACGCCUAUCGUGGUGCCUGAGCCACCGACCUCUGCUGGCCCCCCUGUGGCCGUGCCUGAGCCUAUGGGCUUUCCUGCCAGAGCCCACCCCACGUCCCAGGCACCAUCCCUUGAGGAUGUCACUAAGCGGUACAUGCUGACCCUUCGCUCUGGCGAGGUGCCUGCCCCAGUGCCAGUGGAUAUGCCAUGCUUGACUCCAGUGGUUGCACCGCCCUCUGCCGAGGCCAAGCCCCUGGAGGCAGCCCGGGCCCCAGAUGAGCCUGCCCCAGCCAGCAAGUGCUGCAGCAAGCCGCAGGUGGACAUGCGGAAGCACGUGACCAUGACCCUGCUGGACACGGAGCAGUCGUACGUGGAGUCACUGCGCACCCUGAUGCAGGGCUACAUGCAGCCACUGAAGCAGGCUGAGAACUCCUUGCUGUGUGACCCGUCACUGGUGGACGAGAUCUUUGACCAGAUCCCGGAGCUCCUGGAGCACCACGAGCAGUUCCUGGAGCAGGUGCGGCACUGCGUGCAGACCUGGCACGCCGAGCAGAAGGUGGGACACCUGCUCAUCCAGUCGUUCUCCAAGGAUGUCCUGGUCAACAUCUAUUCUGCCUACAUUGACAACUUUCUCAACGCAAAGGACGCUGUACGUGUGGCCAAAGAGGCGAGGCCUGCCUUUCUCAAGUUCCUAGAGCAAAGCAUGCGUGAGAACAAGGAGAAGCAGGCGCUGUCUGACCUCAUGAUCAAGCCCGUGCAGCGGAUCCCACGCUACGAGCUUCUGGUGAAGGACCUCCUGAAGCACACGCCUGAGGACCACCCGGACCACCCACUCCUGCUGGACGCGCAGCGGAACAUCAAGCAGGUGGCCGAGCGCAUCAACAAGGGCGUGCGGAGUGCGGAGGAGGCAGAGCGGCACGCCCGCAUCCUGCAGGAGAUCGAGGCUCACAUCGAGGGCAUGGAGGAUCUCCAAGCCCCCAUGCGGCGGUUCCUGAGGCAGGAGAUGGUCAUCGAAGUGAAGGCAGUUGGAGGCAAGAAGGACCGGUCCCUCUUCCUGUUCACGGACCUCCUGGUGUGCACCACCCUGAAGCGGAAGUCGGGCUCCCUGCGGCGCAGCUCCGUGAGUCUGUACACGGCGGCCAGUGUCAUUGACACGGCCAGCAAAUACAAGCUGCUGUGGAAGCUGCCCCUGGAAGACGCGGACAUCAUCAAAGGGGCAUCCCAAGCCACUAACCGGGAAAACAUCCAGAAGGCCAUCAGCCGCCUGGACGAGGACUUGACCACCCUAGGCCAGAUGAGCAAGCUCUCUGAGAGCCUCGGCUUUCCGCACCAGAGCCUGGACGACGCGCUGCGGGACCUCUCGGCCGCCAUGCACCGGGACCUGUCCGAGAAGCAGGCGCUGUGCUGUGCGCUGUCCUUCCCGCCCACCAAGCUGGAGCUGUGCGCCACGAGGCCCGAGGGCACCGACUCCUUCCUCUUCGAGUUCCCCCACCCUGACGCCCGCCUUGGCUUUGAGCAGGCCUUUGACGAGGCCAAGCGGAAGCUGGCAUCCAGCAAAAGCUGUCUGGACCCUGAGUUCCUAAAGGCCAUCCCCAUCAUGAAAACACGCAGUGGCAUGCAGUUCUCAUGUGCGGCCCCAACCCUGAGCAGCUGCCCAGAGCCCGCGCCAGAGGUGUGGGUGUGCAACAGUGACGGCUACGUGGGCCAGGUGUGCCUGCUGAGUCUGCGCGCCGAGCCCGACGUGGAGGCCUGCAUCGCCGUCUGCUCCGCGCGCAUUCUCUGCAUCGGGGCAGUGCCCGGCCUACAGCCCCGCUGCCCACGGGAACAGCCUUCAUCUCUGAGAACCCCCCAGGAGUCGGCACCCGAGCCUGCUGGGCCGGAACUGGAUGUCGAGGCCGCAGACGAGGAAGCAGGGACGCUGGCAGAUCCCGGGCCCCAGCCCUGCCUGCACAUCUCCAUUGCGGGGUCCGGCCUCGAGAUGGCCCCCGGCCCCGCCAAGGGUGACCCCCGCCCAGAGUUGGUGCCCUUCGACAGUGACUCGGAUGAUGAGUCUUCGCCCAGCCCCUCCGGGACCCUGCAGAGCCAGGCCAGCCGGUCCACCAUCUCCUCUAGCUUUGGCAAUGAGGAGACCCCGAGCUCCAAGGAGGCCGCGGCAGAGACGACCAGUUCGGAGGAGGAGCAGGAGCCCGGCUUCCUGCCGCUAUCCAGCUCCUUUGGGCCGGGUGGCGCCUGUGGCCCCAGCCCGGUGGAUGGGAGAGCCCUCCGUCGCUCCAGCCGUGGCUCCUUCACCCGGGGCAGCCUGGAGGACCUGCUGAGUGUUGACCCCGAGGCCUAUCAGAGCUCCGUGUGGCUGGGCACUGAGGAUGGCUGUGUCCACGUGUACCAGUCCUCCGACAGCAUCCGCGACCGCAGGAACAGCAUGAAGCUCCAGCACGCAGCCUCCGUGACCUGCAUCCUGUAUCUGAAUAACCAGGUGUUUGUGUCUCUGGCCAAUGGGGAACUGGUGGUCUACCAAAGAGAAGCAGGUCGUUUCUGGGACCCCCAGAACUUCAAGUCUGUGACCUUGGGUGCUCAGGGGAGCCCCGUCACCAAGAUGGUCUCUGUGGGCGGGCGGCUGUGGUGUGGCUGCCAGAACCGAGUGCUGGUCCUCAACCCGGACACGCUGCAGCUGGAGCACACAUUCUCCGUGGGGCAGGACUCCAGUCGCAGCGUGGCGUGCAUGGUGGACUCCAGCCUGGGCGUGUGGGUGACUUUGAAAGGCAGUGCCCACGUGUGUCUCUACCACCCAGACACUUUCGAGCAGCUCUCUGAGGUGGACGUCACACCUCCCGUGCACCGGAUGCUGGCAGGCUCGGAUGCCAUCAUCCGGCAGCACAAGGCUGCCUGCCUGCGGAUCACAGCGCUGCUGGUGUGCGGGGAGCUGCUGUGGGUGGGCACCAGCGCCGGCGUCGUGCUCACCAUGCCCACCUCGCCCAGCACCGUCAGCUGUCCGCGCGCACCCCUCAGCCCCGCAGGCCUAGGCCAGGGGCACACCGGCCACGUCCGCUUCCUGGCUGCGGUCCAGCUGCCCGACGGCUUUAACCUGCUCUGCCCGACCCCGCCGCCGCCCCUGGACACAGGCCCCGAGAAGCUGCCGUCACUAGAGCACCGGGACUCCCCUCGGCACCGAGGACCCCCCUCAGCCAAGCCCAAAAUGCUGGUGAUCAGCGGAGGGGACGGCUACGAGGACUUCCGGCUCAGUGGUGGGGGCGGCGGCAGCAGUGAGACCGUGGGCCGCGACGACAGCACGAACCACCUCCUCCUGUGGCGGGCGUGACCCUGUCCAGUGCGGCUCAGGACUUGGCCGCCCCUGCCCGCAGCCUGCUUGCCUCUUCCCGACCCACACGCAGACUCUGCCAGGAGUGUCCAACCGGGGGCUCACCUGUGCCUGCCUGGGCUCCUCCCAUUUUCGCGGAAGCAUUCCUGAUGGAACACCUGCCUGGUGGUGGGCCUAGGCCUUUCCUGACCCCCUGGCUGCUCCCGCGCUCCCCGUGGUGAGGCAGGCCGGUGGGGGGCAAGAGGACUGCCCAGGACCUCUGUCCCUGGAGCUUCUACCAAAGACACGGCCGGGCCUGGGCCCCACGGGGCUGGGGAGGGCCAUGUGCAAUAUGUGGAGGGUUUUCUUGGGGGCCGCGGGAGGGCUGGGGGAUGGAAUCCUUUCCCGUGUACAGUAUUUAUGUUUCUUUUUAGAUGUGUACCUUCCCAAGCACUUAUUUAUGCAAUGACCUAGGGCGGGGAGUGAUUGGAGGAAAUGACAGAAGGGAAGACCCCAUUCCUGCCCUGGGGGGCCACCCAGGACCCUGACCAAGCCUUCCUGGAGGGACCAAACCCCCUCAUUACCUGCCCACACAGGCACACACACUGCAUGUUCAGGGCCCUGGAGCACCGCCCCUUGACCCGCUUCCUAUGACCUCAGCCUCGCCUCGGUCCGGCCACCCUCCAGCACUCAGCCAAGGGCCAGGUCCCCUCAGUCAUCCAGCACCAGAUGAUGACUAGGAGGAUGGCAACUCCCACCUGGGGUAUCUGCCCUUGGCAUUUCCUAGUUUAAUGGCAGUGCCUUUGGUGGUUUCCGAGUCUGGGGACACUGAGGGGCCUUGGACAGGGCUCUCUCCUGGCCUCCACAGGAAGAGAAAAGGGCCCUUGCUCUCCUCGAAGUUGCCCCCACCCCCGUGUCUCAUGCACUGGCACAUACGGUCACCUUGGGAGGGGGGCCUAGGAGCCCCUCACUCUGACCACUGAAUCCUUCUCUUCACACCCCUCCCGCCAGGGGCAGCCCCCCCAGGAAGGGUGCCCAAAGCCAAGGGGGCUGGACGUGGCCUCUCCUCUGGGAGGCGCUCGAGGGCAGCCUGUCCCCUGCCCCUGUACCCCAGGAGCCAGUCUGAGCCCCAGCCCCCUCGCUUGCUCAGCUGCCGCUCCACCAUGGUCUGGUUUCAGAUGGGGUUGGUUUGGUUCUGUUUCUGGGGUAGGCGGGUCAUUGCGGUCUUAGAUUGUGUUUCUCUUGCUACCAAACAGUCAUGUAUUAACUUUCCUUGGAUGAUGAAUUUUAAAGAGUCAAUAAAUAGAAACACCAGA